AUGUGUCUAAUAUUCACCUGUGGAGAACACACAUUUCGCAAAGAAGUCGAAGGCUACCAGGGCGUCGUCUGCCAGUGCCACAACUGCGGCAACUACUCCGGCCAUGUGAUCAAGACGCACCCGUGGUUCACAUUCUGCUUCAUCCCCGUGAUACCUCUGUCUAUGAAAGGUUACGAGGAUGUCACAUGCCACAUCUGCAACUUCGCCCAGCCACUACAGGCCCGUCCUGAUGUGCAGUCCAUGAAGCGGGACGGCGAGGGAGGGGGCGUUCCGUUACAGCAGCAGCCUCCACCACAGCAGGGCCCGCCGCCGGGAUGGAAUGGGCAAUCACCUCCACAGCCUGAACCAAAUCAAGGGAUGAGGUACGGAUAG